UGCAUGCGCAAUGUCAGAGUUUUGAGCCGAAUCAAUGUAGGCCAUUCAACAGUGGAUGUGAGAUCUCACAAUUGCAAUACAAAUUUCUCUUCAGAUCGAGUUUAAUUCGAGACUCAGAUCUAGUGUGGCCAUCAUGACGAGCAGCUCGAAGCGGAAAGAGGAGGUGCACGUGCAGAAUGGAGGAGUCAAGCAGUCCACAUGGAGCAAAGCGAUCAGCUGUAGAGCAGUGUGGGAAGAGAAGGAUGAGUUUUUAGAUGUGGUCUACUGGUUUCGUCAGAUCAUCGCCAUCAUUCUGGGUGUAAUAUGGGGCGUUGCGCCACUGAAAGGGUUUCUAGGUAUAGCUAUAUUCUGUGUGAUCAACGCAGGCAUUCUGUACAUGUACUUUAGCAGUUUUCAGCAGGUGGAUGAGGAGGAGUAUGGAGGGAUGUGGGAGCUCACUAAAGAAGGCUUCAUGACUUCAUUUGCUUUGUUCCUGGUGGUGUGGAUCAUUUUCUACACGGCGCUACACUACGACUGAGAACACACCGGAAACCCAUAGUCCUGGAGAGACAAUGAUGGACAUUUUAUUUAAUGUGAUGAUGAAGGGCUGGAGCUGCUGCUGCUCAAGGCAUCUGUUUAUGUGACCAGCAGCAUGUUUGGGCCUCGACGAACAGCUGCAUUGUGGGUACAUCUCCAUAACCUUGUUGAACCCAGGGCGAAUGUUGUCCAGUGCACUGCCACGGCUUUUGGGUUGAUGCUGUUGUUUUGGUUUUUCCUAUUUUUCUUGUUUGAAUGCUGCUGUAUCAAACACAAUUGAACUUAAAUUGAUGUUUUUUUGUUUGAUUCACAAUUGGCUUAUGACCAGUAAGUCAAAUAGCAGUGUGUAAAUUCUGUACAAUUUCAUUUUAUCAAGUCCAUAAUGUAUUCAUUUCUUAUGUCUUGAUGUAACAUACUUCUCAGUAUUUUAUAGUGUAUUCAUGGAAAUAUGAAUGUUCUGUAUGCUUUUUAUGAUUAAUAAGACAUUAAUGAUGCUGUAGAGAGACUAUUUUCUGGCCGAGAUGUUUUGGAGAAAAAAAUUAAACCUGGGCAUUGUCUGCCCCACACUUUUCAACAGAUGUUCUGCUGGACUCAGUGAUUUUAUCCAUGAACUCAAUUUGUAAAACUGCACUAGAAUUGUUUUAUUUGAAAUUCUGUCCUCCAAAUAACUUUUAUAUAUCACCUAUAGUGCAUAAAGUUAACAUUCAUUCAUUUCAUUCAAAAUGUGAUCAAGGCUGGUUGCUUAUGAGAGUUUUUAUUCAUAUUGAACAUUCAUUAACCACAAACUGAACUCGUUUAGAGUGUGUCAGGUGCUUAUUUCAUUUCCGUAUGUUAUAACCACCUAUGAUAACAAAAAAAUGCCAUGCAAUAAUUCUGUAUAUAUUACUGAAUAAUUGGCAUUUGCUUCUACUGUACAGGACAACUAUUAGCUUGGAUUACAUAUUGGCAAAGUUUAAAACUAAGCAUAGUACAAAAGUAUACAUUGUUCAAUAAAGUUACAUUGAUGUAUAUAUAUCAUUAUUACAUUGCUGGGUCAUUACUUUUAUUUAUUAUUGAAAUAUGUUCCUUGAGGUUCACUUAUAAUUUUAUUAUAAAUGUAAGUGUUUUGCACAAAAAAACAGUUCUAUAUAAAGAAA